AUGGCGGCCCCGAAACAAGCCGCCGCCCGCAUCCUCCUCAUCUCCCUCGGCAACCCGCGCCCCUACACCGACACCCUCCACUCCGCCGGCCACCGCAUCCUCAAGCACCUGCAGACCUACCUCCCCGCCCAGCCCGUCUUCUCCAGGACAACCGACUUCAGCGCCGGCAAGGGCUGCCAGGCCUCCAUCGGCGAGCGCUACUCCCUCCUGCAAUCGCCCACGCAGAUGAACGUGUCAGGCGGCUUCGUCAAGCGCGCCUUCGAGCGCGAGCUGCGCCGCAUGGGGGGCCGUGUCGACCUGCUGCAUCUCGUCGUCGUCCACGACGACCUCGAGCUGGGCCUGGGCGACGUCCGGCUGCGCAAGUGGUUGAGCAGCCACAGGGGUCAUAACGGCGUCAAGAGCAUCAACAGGAACCUGAAAAAGUCAGACUACGAGGGCGCAAGGUGGGCGAGGAUAUCGGUUGGCAUUGGCCGGCCCGAGGGGCGCGACCGGGAGGAGGUUUCUAGCUAUGUGCUUCGUCCCAUGACAGACACAGAGACGCGCGCGCUUGAUGAGGCGGUGCCUGAGGUCUUGCUAGCCCUGGCCGACUUUGAGAAGAAGCUGGAGGAGUACGCAACGCUCCCCAAGGCGCAGGCUGCGGAUUGA